AUGACAUCUUCAGGGUGCAGGACCCCUCGGGCAGCCCUUCAAACGGCCCGUCCCUCCACACCCCAUAUUAGCCGUAUGAACAGUUCCAUAAUCGCUGAAGGCUUCCUGAAUGCCAUACGACGUUGCCUCAAAUGGUGUUCAGGAUCAAACCUCCGAUGUGCAUCAACCGUGACGAUAUCUCAGGAGGAAACCAAGAUAAAUAUACCAAGCCGUCAAGAGAAGAUAAAGCAAAAAAUACGUGAAUUUGAGUCUCAUCUAAGUGCACUUGGGCCAAAUAUAGGCUUCAGUCAUCCGAUACCACCAAACUUAAGGUAUGUGUAUCCUCCACCUUCACCAUCUGUUAUAGCCAACAUAGCACAGACACUUGUAGUUGUUCCCAAGUUUUACACUCAAGUCUUACAUCUAAUGAAUAAGAUGAAUCUUCCAACUCCUUUUGAAUCAGUUACUAAGAUAACACCACUUUAUGCAAAAGUUUUAAACUUGAUGGGUUACCAUAUAAAUAGUAAGGAAGAGGAAUCAGCUCUAAAUGGGAAUGAAGAAAAUAUAUUUAAUGAAGGAUUAAAUUCUAAUGAGGGUGUUCAUCAUGAAGACAAGGAAAAUUAUAAAAGUGAUGAAGAAGACACAUCAGAGACAGAGUCUGAAUUGGAAAGUGAAGGGAAUGAUUCAAUGGAUAAGCAACAGAAAACACCUUUACCCAUUAAGAGGAAACUCAAGCCAAGAAAUGUUAUUAAUAAGAAACCCAAACUAUCCUUGUUAAAGCAGACCUGUGUAUCUCAUCCUCGGAAUUCUGAAUCAACUUCGGUGAAGGAUGUGUUUGAGGCCAGUGAAAGUCUUGGGGCAAAGAAAUUGCAGAUGAGGUUGGAGGGAACAGUUCUCCCACAGGCACAGUUAGAGGAGAGAAAUUGUUCUCAGCCAGGAGGUUUUGGAAAGAUUGAAUCUUCUACAGACUCUAGGGUGACAGCAGAUGAUAUGGUUGAGUGGAAGAGGGCAUCUACAAAAUACAUAACUAAAGAAGAUUUACAAGCCAACAUGGUUAGCAAAGCAGAUUGGCCUUUGUUAACGGUAUUCAAAAAUUACCAGCCAGGUGCACCAUCUACUAAAUUAUACAUAAAAAAUUUAGCUAAAACAACAAGUGAAGAAAAUCUGAAAUAUAUAUAUGGCCGUUAUAUAUUUUGGCAAAAUGAUGAAGAAUCUAGUUUAUUCUCUAUUCGUCUCAUGAAAGAGGGCCGGAUGAAGGGACAAGCCUUUGUAACAUUUCCAUCAAUAAAGCAAGCAAGUGAAGCCUUAGAGGACACCAAUGGCUUUAUCCUAAAUGAUAAGCCAAUGGUUGUGGUAUAUGGAAAGGGUAAAGCUAUCAAGAGAGCUUAUGGUGUGUCAUCUCUGAAACAGGCCCUUCUCAGUUUUACUCCUUCAAUGGGCUGCUUUGAUGCUGCUUAAUUAAGAGCUCCUAAUACAGGGAACUGGAGCUACUACCUUUCCAUUCCACAAAUCAAACCAGAUUGCCUCUUAUUCCUCAGGUGAUGUAUGACCCAUGGGUUUAGUGCUUCCCCAUGAAUAAUAAUUUGUAAUUUACAAGUUAUACAGUCUUCCUGCAUCCCUUAUUUCCUCAGUAAAGGCAGGCCCCACUUUACAGCCUUUCAAUGAUGCAGCAGUUUUCAAUUAUACCCAUUCUUCAUUUAUUCAGACUUUCUGCAAUAAAUAUAUUUACCACUCACUAUAAGCUAAGGACAAAAAUAUUCUAAGGUAAUGUGUGUACUGUAUAUGAAUUUUUUUAGACCUAGCUAUAUUGCUCACUCAAUAUAUGAUAGUGUAAACAUGUUAUCAGGCUUUUAUAUGCAUUUGAGUGAAAAAAGGCUUUGAUUCACUUUAUAGCAAUUUUUGCCUUACAGCAAUACCCCAGAACCUAACCUUCUGUUUAAGCACAGCCCUCCUGUACUGUAUUUCACACCCAUACAACAGUGUUGGCACUACUAAACACUGGUACUUUCUAUUUUUUAUGCAUGUAUAAGGUUGUCUCCACAGAUGUCUCAAUGCACUGCCCACCUCUUUUUUUUCUUUGUCAAUUUUAUAGUUCACCUCAUCUUUCAUAUUAUAUUUAUGGGGGAGUGCUAAACCCAUAGGGGUCAUACAGCACUAAGGGGAAUGGGAGUCAUUCAGAUUCAAUCCAAGGGGCAGCAAGUUCAAUUCCUUGGGUCAAGAGCUCCUUACUGAUAUCAAUGAAUCUCUUAAAGGGUGAUCUUUCAUAGAUGUAUCUGUUGACAAGUCCGCUCCCAAAUAUUUGAACACAUUUGCCUAAGGGCAAUGUGUGGUGUAAACAUUAUGCAGAAAAUUCAGAGUGUGGAAAUUAGGAGAAGGUGUGGAGUUAAUAAAAAUAUUAUUCAGAGGGCUGAAGAGGGGUUGUUGAGGUGGUUUGGCCAUUUAGAGAGAAUGGAUCAAAGAAUGACAUGGAGAGUGUAUAAAUCUGUAGGAGAAGGAAGGCGGGGUAGGGGUUGUCCUCGAAAAGGUUGGAGGGAGGGGGUAAAGGAGGUUUUGUGGGCGAGGGGCUUGGACUUCCAGCAAGCAUGCAUGAGCAUGUUAGGAGUGAAUGGAGACGAAUGGUAUUUGGGAACUGACGAGCUGUUGGAGUGUAAGCAGAGUAAUAUUUAGUGAAGGGAUUCAGGGAAACCAGUUAUUUUAUAUAGCCAGACUCUAGUCCUGGAAAUGAGAAGUACAAUGCCUGAACUUUAAAGGAGGGGUUUAGGAUAUUGGCAGUUUAGAGGGAUAUGUUGUGUAUCUUUAUACGUAUAUACUUCUAAACUGUUGUAUUCUGGGCACCUCUGCAAAAACAGUGAUUAUGUGUGAGUGUAAGUGUUGAAUGAUGAAAGUAUUUUCUUUUUGGGGAUUUUUUUUCUUUCUUUUUGGGUCACCCUGCCUCGGUGGGAGAUGGCCGACUUGUUAAAAAAAAAAAAAAAUUGCCUUUCCUCUAUACCCCUUCUCUCCAGUAUUUCAUUGCCUUGAUUUUUUGUUACUAUCACCUUACUCUUUCCUGUGUUCACUUUUAAUUUCCUUUUAUAUAAUCUCCCAAGUUCCUCCACCAACCUUUGCAACUUCUCUUCAGAAUCUCCCAAAAGAACCAUGUUAUGGCAAAAAAUCAACUGUGACAACUUUCACUCUGAAUCAAAUUUGUUCCAUUUUAAUUACACACCCUUCCCAACCCCCAAGCAUUCACUAUUUUUUAUAACCCCUUCUAUAAAUUUGCUAAACAGCCAUGAUAUCAUGCAUCCCUGUCAAAGGCCAACAUUUACUGGAAAAUAAUUUACCUCUCUUCUACAUAUCCUUGUUGUCCGCAUGGAUAAUAAGCACUAAAUCCAAGUCGUACAACACUGCAGGGAUGUGCUAAAGAAUAUAUAUGGAGGUCAGAGACUAUCCACAUAACAGCUCUUCACUGUCCCUUCAUAACAAAAAAUUACUGGUAGCUUCUAAUAAACAAUCAAGCUAAGCACUAAACCCAAAAGGGUUAUAAGCUUUUUUUUUUUUUUAUA